GCUCUCCUGUCGAGCCACAGGCCAACUCAGAUCAGCCGAGGGGGGGGAAGAGGGUGUGUGUGUGUGUGUGUGUGUGCGAGUGCAAGGCAUUGGGGGAAAGUGUGCGAGGACCAGAGGCUCCAGAGGACGUCACGCACUCUCCCAGAGAGAGAGAGGGAAGCACGCCGCCACAGGAAGGUGUCUGUCCUCACGCGUUCUGGACUCUGGACGAGUCGGAGGCCUCGGACCGGAGAGAGCUUUUCAGAGUGGAGAAGAAGAUGUGCUGAAGUGGAUGAUUCUCCAAAGAGACAGAGAUACAGAUUUGCGGUUGUGACUCACUUUCUGAGACGAGGGUUCAAGUUCCUCGACCAGGACAACACUUGAAUUAAGACCUAACUGAAGAGUUUGUGCAUCACCAUGGACCAGCCGGCCAGCAGCUGCAUGCGGAGCGCCCACCCCGGCAGUCCCAUCUGGGGCUGCAUGAGGAACCCUCACUCCGGGGUCCCGGGGGCCAACCUGCAGUCGCCCUACCAGCAGGGACCUUUCUCCCUGCACCAGAAGCCGGACUUCCUGGCCUACACGGACUUCUCCAGCACCUGCCUGGUGCCGACCGCCCCCCACGCAGCCUACCCCCGCGACGACAGACUGUACCAGGAGAGCCAGGGCGGCUACCAGAGAGCCGAGUGGCAGUUCAACCCCUGUGAGACGCGGGUGAGAGCGCCCGAGCCCUGCCUGCCUGUCGUCCCCCCCGCUGCGGUGGUGGGCGGCGGCGGCGGCGGGGGCGGAGGGCCCGACCUGGACAGUGUGGGGGGAGAGAGGCUGCCCGGUGCUGGGCCCGGCUGCCUGGAGGGAGAGUACUCACCCCAGAGCGUGGCGUCGGCCGACUCCGACAAGAAGAGCUCCAAUAAGAGGAAGAGAGAUGUCACAGAUAUCCAGGACUCCGGUUUCAAGGUGGACUCCACCUGCAAGGCCCGGAAGGAGCGCACGGCGUUCACCAAGGAGCAGCUGAGAGAGCUGGAGGCCGAGUUCACCCACCACAACUACCUGACCCGGCUGCGGCGCUACGAGAUCGCCGUGAACCUGGACCUCACAGAGAGACAGGUGAAGGUGUGGUUCCAGAACAGGAGGAUGAAGUGGAAGAGGGUGAAGGGGGGGCAGUCGGCUUCACCCAACGACCCGGAGAACGACGACAUCGACUCGGCGGCGUCGCCCAGCUCUGAAUGA